AUGUAUCUAAAUGAACCCAUUUCACCUCCCUCAUCCAUUCCCUCAUUUCCUCCAUACUAUAACAUCUCCUCUGACUCUGAACAGUCAGAAAUCCCUGACCCUUCCAAUCCAAACUUGGCUCAACUCCAACCCAAAGUAAAUUCUAAACAACUUCCAUCUAACCCAGAAACCUCUGCACCUUCACCUUCUCCCUCUGCAACUCUACCACCCUUUGAUCCUCCCACUCAACAUCCCACUCAACCUCCCUCUGACCCUCCCACUGAAACCACUCACACUCCAUCUGAACCAAUAAAUCCAACCUCUGAACCUCAACCUACCUUCCCAACCCUAGAAGAAGAAGUUGAGGAGAGACUAGAGGCUCAUCUAGUAAAGGAAGCUGAAGAAAAGGUCAGGAUGGAAGAUGAAGAGCAGGUAAGAAAGGAAGCUGAAGAAAAAGCUUCCGCUGAGGCUGCUACUGCUGCAGAAGCUGAAGCCAAAGCUAAAGUUGACACUGAAGAAACAACACGCAUAGUUACAGAGGAAGAUGCUAAGGCCACUAAAGUUGCUCUGACUCAAGGUGAGUCAUCAAACUCUGAUCUUGCUCCAUUGGUGCUCAAGACUCUGGAUGAACUUUAG